GUGACGGUCAACCGCAAGGUGCUCCGAUGUAUCGACAACUGCGAGCUGAUGUUGAGCAUGAUGAAGAUGAGCGACCCAGAGUUCAAAUCCAUCAUGGCUUCUCUCGUGACCAACGAUAUCGUGGAACGACUCGACCUGAAAGAAAUGCGUCUGUCGGAUAAACAAGUUGUCUACCUGACCGACUUCUUCACCGAGGAGAAUGCAGUCACUGACUUGAUUCUUGCAGACAACAAUUUGAAGGGAAGAAUAUUGCAGAAUUUUUUCACAACCAUUAUUCAGAAGGAUCGUUUGGUAUAUCUGGAUAUUGCAGGUAACGACCUGAGGGACAAGGACGCCCCCAUGUUGGCCGAAUACGUCAAGGUGAGUGAGAUCCUGCUGUACCUACACAUGAGCAGGAAUAACUUCACGGAGAAGUCAGGAGACAUCUUCGGCAAGAUGAUGAUGGAAAACAACUCUAUCCUUGAACUUGACAUCAGCGCUAACCGAAUCAGGUGCGUCGGGGCUGAGAAAUUCUUCAAGGGUUUCUCGAAAAACACUAACGUUCAAAAGCUGAAUUUUUCUUGGAAUGGACUCGGCAACGAAGGAGUUAAAGCGGUGGUCACCAUGCUAAAGAAGAAUACAUCAUUAAUUUAUUUCAAUUUAAAUGGUAACAGAAUCAGUGGAUCUGACCUGGAGCUGUUCUUCCCAGCGCUGAAGAAAAACACCACACUCCGACGUCUUGAG